ACUUUAUCGCUUUUUUUCGGAGAAUUUAUCGGAGCCUCUCAGACUGACACAGUCGUCUCCUCCCCUUGUAUUAAACCCCGGCCGAUCUCUCUCUGGGCUCUCUCCGGUCAUCUCCUCGAUUUUCGAGCCUUGCGUUGCUCUGUGUUUUGGAUUCGGAUUAGGGAUUAGUGGAAAUUGGGGGAAGAGAUGGAGAAGGAGCUGCUGGAGGUGUUUGAUGACGUCACGAAGGCUGCCGACGCCGCGAAAUCGUGCGAUGGUGGCGCGGAUGAGAGUGAGUGCCUUGAGGCGUUGGACCGCCUCAAGAAUUUCCCCGUCUCUUAUCAGCUCCUCGUCUCUACCCAAGUUGGGAAGCGUCUGAAGAAUCUCACGAAACAUCCUAGGAAGAAAAUCCAGGCUUUUGCGCUUGAGCUGAUGGAGGUCUGGAAACAAAUUGUCAUUGAUGAAACAAUGAAGAACGAUGUGAAGACAAUGAAAAACGAUGUGAAGAAUGGCAGGUUUGAAAGAAAAGAUUCUCUAAAGCGUGAGACUUCGAAUCCCAAUAGUCCCAGGCCUGAGAAGGUUCUGAAAACUGCUGCUGGGAAGGUGGAGAAGGUCCCCAAGGCUGAACAGGGCGACGUUAAGAUGGUUGAUCAUGAUGUUAAAUCGAGCUCGGAGAAAGCAUAUAGUUCUGAAAGUGGGACAACGGAUUGUAAGGUUGAAAAUCAUAUUGUUGUCAAGACUGAGAAAGCUCCGUCAGUGGAUAAUGUCAAGGUUGAAAAGAUAACCAGAGAAGUGAAGAAACCUGUGUCUGGUCCCCCAAAGUUGACAUCUAUACCAAAGUCUAAUGAUCAAGCAAGGGACAGAAUAAGGGGAAUGCUGCAUGAGGCUUUAUCCAAGGUCUCCCAGGAGUCUCUGCAUAAUGAAAAAUUUGCUGAUUCAGUGAAUGUGUGCGACCCUAUCAGAGUUGCUGUUACAGUGGAGUCUGUGCUGUUUGAGAACUGGGGUGGUUCCAAUGGAACCCAGAAGGCGAAGUAUCGAUCACUAAUGUUUAACCUGAAGGACCAGAAGAACCCAGAUUUUCGCAGAAAAGUUCUUCUUGGAGAUAUCAAGGCAGAGAGGCUUGUAGACAUGUCCACAGUUGAAAUGGCAAGUGAUGAGAGGCAAUCAGAGAAUAAAAAGCUUGAGGAAAAGGCACUGUUUGAUUGUGAGGUUGAACGUGCACCAGAAGCUUCAACUGAUCAAUUCAAAUGUGGUCGAUGUGGGAAGCGCAAGACCACCUACUACCAGAUGCAGACGCGGAGUGCCGAUGAACCUAUGACAACAUAUGUAACAUGUGUAAUCUGCAAUAACCGUUGGAAGUUCUGUUAGAGUGAGACUUGUAGGAGCACUGGCCAUUUCGUUGCCAAUCGACUUUGUAAGUUAAAGAGUCUGUAGCUUCUUUCUCACUCUGGUUGUGCACUAGCAUUUAGGGCAGUCUACAAUGGGAAGGUUCCCAUUUCAGUAUUGUCAUAUGUAGGAUUUUUCUUCUUUUUAUCCCUGUUUUAUUAUUCUUCUAGUCUUGUUAGCCAUAAUUUGUUUGGACAAGUUUAAUGAAUUGUUGAACCCUUUA